AUGUCUGUGCUCAAAACAGCUCUUGGGAGCCUGGGAACCACGCGGAAACAACCUGGAAUGAUUUCACAAUUACAGUCUUCUUUCGACCGAUACAAAUGCACCUGGGAUGAGUGUCAACAAAGAUUACCUGGAGAUAAGGAGCUCAGAGAUCAUUUGUCCGCCCACUCUGUAGAUGCUCUGGCUCAUUGGGCUUGCGGAUCCAUUUGUACAUGGCAGGGCUGCAAAUUCAAAGCCAAGUUCAAGACAACUCACCAGUUCAACACACAUCUGGAGAACAUCCAUGCCAAACCUCUUUUAUGCACCAGAAGUCGCUGCACCUACAAGCGGCCGUUCAAAAACGAGUAUGAACUCGAGCGACACAACUCCUCCAAACAUUCCGCGGAGCGUCCUUGGGAAUGCCCAUACGAUUAUUGCCCCUCUGAAACCCGAGCCUUUGCUCGGAAAGACAAAUGGUUAAAGCAUAUUCGUGAGGUGCAACAUGAGAAUGACGCCUUUUGCCUGUAUCAUCACUGCUAUUUCUCAACAAUCCGAGCCGGGAAAGGUUUCGAGGAUCGCAAGGAGAUCUCGACACAUUUCAAUCUAUGGCACUCUGGUAGAGCUGUCGAUGGGUAUGGCUGUGCUCUCGGAUCCUGCGGAAAUACUGGAAAGCGUGAUCGUUGGCAUUUAUUGGGGCUCCAGCAGCACCUCCAAAUUCAACACAAAAUCGUUCUAGGUUUGGACAGUCUCCAAACAGGGUUGAAGGGGACCGAUCAUAUUUUCCGUUCUCAGCAGGUUCCGUUUGAUCUUUAUAACAAAUGGAUCGACUGCGAGAUAUGUGCUUCACAAACAUUACAAACUCCACUCGGCAACACAACGUCCACGUCGGCCCAGUUCGGAAUGGCCCCUAUCUAA